AUGAGCGCACAACAAGAAUCUGGCGCAAAAGGCCCACCUUACAUGCCAUCGGUGGCAUUCACUGGCGGCGUACCCACUMUCGAAACAGACGUCCCAAUAUGCAUAAUCCUCCUGCUCUUUUACGCCGGCGCUGCUGUAGGCCACAAUGUCAUCUUUCGACGCAAUCGGAGCAAAGGCCACAAAUUCUAUCCCUCGAUUGUAUUGUUCGGUUUCUGCAUGUCCAGAAUAAUGACAUGUGCGCUGAGGAUGGCCUGGGCAACGCAUCCUGACAAUGUCUCGCUCAUAAUCGCUGCCAAUAUCCUCGUCCAGGCUGGUAUUUUGAUUGUGUGGGUGGUCAACAUCAUCUUCACACAGAGAAUCAUUCGAGCCGUGCAGCCCAAACUUGGCUGGCAUCCCAUUGCAAGCCUGGUGCCCAAAAUUCUCUACGUUCUAGCCGGCGCCUCCCUCAUACUGGUCGUCUGCUGGACAAUAAUCUCUUAUUACAUUCUGACUCCGUCAGUUCAGACAACCACAGUCGCUGUUCAGCGGGCCGCUACCACAUAUCUGCUGGUUUUCACUCUCAUCCCGGUCGUGUCACUGCCAGUCACGUUCUUCAGAGGCGAAAGCGCAGAAACUUUCGGACGAGGGAGCAUUGGCGAAAAGAUGGUGAUUGUGUGGGUAUCAAGUCACGUCUGUCUGCUCGAGAUAAUAUUCCGGACCGCGACGAGUUGGGGCCCAGCCAGACCAGUAGACAAUCCAGCUUGGUAUCAGUCGAAAGCAUGGUUUUACACGUUCGAGUUCGGCGUACUGGAGAUUAUCGUCAUAUACUGGCUUUUGCUGACCAGAGUUGACCAGCGCUUCCAUGUCCCGGAUGGAAGCAGCAAGAGGAAACAUUACCGCGAUCCAAGAGAGACCUCGGAAAUAGGACCCGAAGUUACGCAAGUCCAACAUCGUGAUCGGAAGUCUUGGAUAGGUGCUGGCACAGCAGAACCUGGCACGGCGGAACCUUUCCAAAGUACAACUUAUCUGCAACCACAAUAUAGCAUUCCGGAUAUGAGGCAGUGGGGUCAGAACGCAAGUCUUCUACGACCACAAUAUAGCUAUGCAGAUGUCAAGCGGUGGGAGGCGUCCAAGCAUCGUUCUGUUUGA